GGCUGCAUGGAGAAGAUCGCACCUACUGAAUUCGUGAUGCGGGCGCUUGAGUGCGUGUACCACCUGGGCUGCUUCUGCUGCUGUGUGUGCGAGAGGCAGCUGCGCAAGGGUGAUGAAUUCGUGCUCAAGGAGGGACAGCUGCUGUGCAAGGGUGACUAUGAGAAGGAGAAGGAUCUUCUCAGCUCCGUGAGCCCUGACGAGUCAGACUCUGUGAAGAGCGAGGACGAAGAUGGAGACAUGAAGCCGGCAAAGGGGCAAGGCAGCCAGAGUAAGGGCAGUGGAGAUGACGGGAAGGACCCCAGAAGACCCAAACGGCCCCGGACUAUCCUCACCACGCAGCAGCGGAGAGCCUUCAAGGCUUCUUUUGAGGUCUCCUCCAAGCCCUGUCGGAAGGUCCGAGAGACGCUGGCAGCAGAGACAGGCCUCAGCGUGCGUGUGGUCCAGGUCUGGUUUCAGAACCAAAGAGCAAAGAUGAAGAAGCUGGCCCGGCGGCACCAGCAACAGCAGGAACAGCAGAACUCCCAGCGGCUGGGCCAAGAGGUCCUGUCAAGUCGCAUGGAGGGCAUGAUGGCCUCCUACACGCCGCUGGCGCCCCCGCAGCAACAGAUCGUGGCCAUGGAACAGAGCCCCUACGGAAGCAGCGACCCCUUCCAGCAGGGCCUCACGCCGCCCCAAAUGCCAGGUGACCACAUGAACCCCUAUGGGAACGACUCCAUCUUCCACGAUAUCGAUAGCGAUACCUCCCUCACCAGCCUCAGCGACUGCUUCCUCGGUUCCUCUGACGUGGGCUCCCUGCAGGCCCGUGUGGGGAACCCCAUCGACCGGCUCUAUUCCAUGCAGAGCUCCUACUUUGCCUCCUGAGAGCCAGCUGGGCCGCAUGGACGCUUGGGCCUGGGCCUAGGGUGGGACCACAGGCCUCUGCAGCCAGCCGGCCCCCCAGCCCGCCACCCGCUCAGAUUCUACAGACAGCCAUACGGUGCCCUCCCCUCGGCCAGCCGGACCUGGCUCAAGUGCCCGCUGGGCACAGCCAGACAGGCAGAUGGGUGCAGCCUGGGCAGGGACUGUGUCCUGCCCACGGAGACCUUGUGACCCCUGGGGACCCAGAGCUCUUGGACAGCCACUCGCCUCCCAGCCCUUUGACUCUAUCACCUCCUUUCCCCGCCCCACCUCUUUUUUGGGGGAAACUUUUAUUUGUUCUAUUUUUUUUUUUAACAUUCUGUUUCCAGCCAACCUCUAUUGUCCCUGCAAGGCCAGCCCUGGGACAGUGCCUGGUACCCGAGAAACAGAUAUACGGGUGUCCUGCGCAGGUGACCAUUUGCGCUUCUGGUCAGCGCAGGGGAUGGUUUCUGGGUCCUAGGAGGCCCAGGGUCACUGUCCCCGGCCCUAGGCUGGGGCAGAGGAGAGGAGGAACCAAGCAUGGGCAACAGGUUCUUUAGCCCUGGUUGAACUAGGAGUCACAAACAAGCAGACUGAUGUGGACAGAGCCCGGAGGGACCCAAAGGGACAGAGAUGCACAUGUCCAGGCACACACAUCUGUAGGCACACCUGUGAACAUAUGCAUAUACACCUGGGUGCGCACACACACGCGUAUAAGAGGUGACUCCCACUCUGCAGCCUGGGGGUAGUGAGGUCAGUGGACAGGGCCGCCUCUGAGAGCAACUGGAGAGAAAGAAGGAGGAGGCUUUGGGUGUGAGCAGGUGAGCCUGGUGCAUCCCAGGCUCUGUAUGGAUCAGGACUUCCAGGAUAGAAGGGCAUCACAGAGUCCCAGGCCAGAGAUGGACCCCACAGAAGCAGGCAGAAGGAGGCCGCAGCAGAGGAUUCAGAUACCAAGGACCUCAAGAGUCUAACCCGCAUUGAUCCUGGGCCCUUGUUCUUUGACGGGACCAGCUGCCCUUCUGUGGCCCUCCUGACCCUUAGUCUCCUCUUCUUAGCUGAGGCUGGAUGCUGGCAGGGCUCCUGCCUCCUGUGCAGAUGUGGGACUGUGUGACCCAGCUUCCCUCCUGACGUUAGCCAGCUCACACCGACAAGGCCCGUCUCCUCCCCGCUCCUGCACCUCUGCUAAGAUCUGAGAUCCAGCAGGUGGUUUAGGUCUCCUUUGGAAGUCCACCCUUGCUCUGUGAUGAGUCUUUGGGCCUCACACAGGCACUGACAAGCCACAACCCCUCAAUACGCUGUGACACUGAUUGCUCAGAGCCCAUGAAGACCAUGGACUGUACCUAGUUGCCUUUCCUUCCAUUGGCUCAGCAAGCUUGGGGCGUUACUCUGAGCCGGGUGAGAGGUCAGCCCUGAGGGGUUCCCCGCAGUGCCCCUGCAUGGUAUGUAGCCCACCAGUGCUUUAGCCUCUGUGUCACCCAGCCCCAUGUCUCCUGGACUCUUGCUGCCCAAAGCAGAAGCAAUAGUGGAUCUCUCCUUGGCAACCUCCACUGGCCCCCGACAGGUCUGAGCCAGAAAGCCAGGAUUUUGUCUCUCAUCUAAUGCUGAAUUCUAACCUCCCAACACACACACCCUGAUGUCUGCCGAGCUCUAGCCAUGGGCACAUAAUGAUGAGAGUCUCUCUCUCUCUCUCUCUCUCUCUCUCUCUCUCUCUCUCUCUCUCUCUUUCUCUCCCCAUUUUGGGCACCUGGGUCUGGCUGGUUAAGUUGUGUGGAUUUAUUCUCAGACCCCCUUAACCCACUCAGAUGCCACAAGAUGGAGUCAACGGGGAAGAGCAGCUGCCACCAUGGCCCUCCUGUGUCCCUCUUUUGUUAAGGAGAGCAUCACUACCCUCCAUUCUGAAGUUAUGGUCCUAAGCCAGUCGCUUUCCUGGGAUUCACCCUUCCCGCCCCCUCUGGCAUAGGCUCCUGGCUGAAUUGCACAGGGAAUACUUGAGGUGGACCCAGGGUGGAUACCAGCUCCUGGGAGGUCCGGCCUGCUGCUCUUAACCAUGUUUUAAGUUGGGAGACACAACAGCAAUAGGCUGUGUAGGUCAUCCCUUCUGCAGCAGCUAGGAAGCCUGAGACAGGAGAGGGCCAGGGCUGUGCUCAGGCCUCACAGCUGGUAAUGCCAGAACUGCAGCCUGGAAAAGGAGAGUAGGCUUGCCCUCAUCUUCUUAUCUCUUAACUAGCCCCACCAGGGACCAGCGUGCCUCACACCUGCUGGCCCCUAAGCAUCUUCCCUUCCUGGAAAAGGAGAGUAGGCUUGUCCCCAUCUUCUUAUCUCUUGAGUAGCCCCACCAGGGACCAGUGUGCCUCACACCUGCUGCUCCCUAAGCAUCCUCCCUUGCUGCUCUGGGCCUCCAGACCCCAAGUCCAGCCCUGCCCACCACUAUCCCCAGGCAGAAGAUGUUAUCAGGACACUCCUUAAGUCACCAGAGGAGGUACCUCAGCCAUCACACCGGAGAUGGCCUGGCAGCUGUUCUCAGGAUUCCUUCAUCAUGGCUCUGCCCUCCUGAGACGCAGGAGCCUAUGCCAGCCCUGAACUGUUCUGUGGGCAAAGGCAGCCUUUGCCCCAGUCCUGUCCAGGUCUUGUUAGCAACCCCCCUCAGGCUGGGGAGUUGAGGGCGACAGAAAUGGUGAGGGGCUGGGAGAAUUAGCCUGCAGCCUGAAGGAACAGAGGAAUGUGGGAGGCAGAAAGUGAGAGAUGGGUAGGGUUAGCUCAAAGAAAACCAGCUCCUACCUCCUGCCUAGGGAUGUGGCGUGUUGAGGCUCAGGCAGAGGAAGGAACCUUCCCAGGAGUCACACAGGAGUGACAAGCACCCAGGCUUUGUUCCAGUCACGGCCCUAUUUAUGGAUUCAUUCCACGAAGCUUCCCAAUACUCUGCUGCCCUCAGAGACUCGCAGGAGGCCACACACAGGCAUCACACUAGGUGUGAGGGUCCCACGGGGUGGCACAGGCAGCCUGCUGUCGUGGAGGCUUCCUGGAGGGGGUGCGGACUGGAAGGAAUGCCAUGAUAGAGUAGCCCCAGCCGAAAGACAGCCUCUCCUCCUUUAGGGACAUCCCUUUGAAGUGAGGCCACCUCCCCAGUCUACCUGGACAUCCCCCCUGCUCAGUCAGGGAACAUGGGGGAAGAUGGACUCAGAGCUCUGGGCCCCCCUAGGGCCAGGGGGAUGCUGCAGCCCAGGGCUGACUGCCGUGGGGAAGGGCCGCCACACUCACACACAUACAUGCACACACUCACACCUGACACAAGGAGGCUCACACGUGGCCUGGAGCAGGGAAGCAGGAAGGACUCUUCAGACCCUUGAUGGGGCAGUUGCCCAUGGUCUCGGGACUACCGCCCGCUCUGGGGUCCCGCUGGAGGGAGUACGUUGCAGCUGGGCUGGGGCCAGGCCCCUCAUCCUAUUCUGUUUACCUUGUACAGACUGCCUGCCUGCCAUCCCCACAUACAUUUUAUUUAAUAACUUGUCAUUGUUAAAUUAUUUAUUAGCGUUACCACAUCACCACCCCCGCCUUCCACUCACCUGCCUCUUCCCACAAAAGCAGAAAAUGGAAACAACAAGAAAAAGAUGAGA